AUGCCCAGACGUUGUCUGGAGUGCAUACAGGUACUGAGCUGGAUUGUUGAGAUUUGUAUGGCUUUGAGAGUCAUUCAUGAAAGCGGCUUGCUUCACAACCAUCUGACACCAGAGAACAUAUUCCUCACAGAAUUUGGAAUUGUGUGCUUGGGUGAUUUUGGAAAAAUCCAUGAAAUUUCAAAAAGAACUCAGUCAACCACUAUGUCAAAUGUGCUGGAGAUAAAAUAUUUGCCGCCAGAAGUUUUCACAGAGGGGACCUAUGAUGCUAAAAGUGAUAUUUGGUCAGUCGGAUGCAUACUCUACGAGCUCUGUACUCAAAAACCAGCGUUCUCAGCAGAGACCGCAGUCAGGCUCAUACCGAAGAUCAUUGGUGGUCCUUACCCAUGUCUCCCAGAAACAUUCUCACCAGAGCUUUGUCAGCUCUUGAUUGACAUAUUCAGUAGCGACCCUCAAUCAAGACCAACAGCCAGCGAGAUCCUGGAGCGUCCCUUCAUCAUAAACUGUCUUUCAAACAUGAGCAAAAAAACUGUUGAGGAACUCCAGAUCAAGCUGAAGAACCUAAGAGAAGUGGCUGACGGUUUGGAACGUGUGCAUUUGGGCACCACCAUUGGCAGUCUGACAGGAGGCGUGAUUGGAGCAGUGGGGGGGGUUACAUCCAUAGUGGGCCUUAUACUGGCCCCCUUCACUUUGGGAGCCUCUCUUAUUGUCACUGGGGUUGGAGUGGGGGUGGGUGCACUAGGUGGUGUCACUGCUGGUGCCUCAAAUAUCACAAAUAUGGUCAAUCAGUCCUCUGAUCGCAAAGCUGUUCGAAGCAUCCUUAAAGAGUUUGAACAGAAAAUUAAAGCAGUUGUCACCUGGUUAGAGGAGAUUACCAACAGUUUACAGAACAUCAAGAGCAAAUGUGGCUCAGCUGACAAAGCUGGCACAUGUGACACUGCGGAUAGCCAGUUCAAUACAGACAAUCUAAUGAGGAUUGGCUCCAGGGCAGGGAGGGGCAUAGGUUCCAUUGCUGAACUGGUUCGACUAGUUCAAGUGUUGAACAUCGGCAGGAUCGCAGCACAGGCAUCCAGGGCAGUACGUGUGGCAGAGGUAGCAACAGGUGUGCUUUCUGGUUUAUUUGUAGCAGUAGAUAUCUUUUUUAUUGCCAUGGAUGCCAAAGAGAUACACCAUAUUAGACAGGCAGAGGGAGCAGUGAUGCAGGAGACAGACACAUCACAGAAACAUGACCAGUCUUCCAAAAAUACUACCCCAGUCAGGUCUGAGAUCAUGAGAUUUGUCCGAUCAAUCAGGGAGGCAGCAGACAACUUGCAGAAAGUCCUGGAUGAGUUUGAAAGCAUCAUCUCUUCUAUCCCUUUACUUGGGAUUGAGAGUGACCUGGAGUGGCAAGAUAUGGAUAAUACUAUAACCAACAGAUUCAAUUAA